ACACCAUAUGCUAUCUUCUCUCCCACACGCCUGGUCUGGUCCUAUCCCUUGGUCCACCCUCUGCCUCUUCACUCGGCAUUCUUUACCCACAUCCCUGGUCCCCGCCUGUGAGGAGGAUGGCACGCUACAGCACUUGUUGGAGCACCAAGGAAGGCAUUCACCACUCUCUCUUCCUCUCCUCUCAUCCCCAAUACCCCCCCCCUCUUCCCCUUUCUCCUAAACCCGAACCCUCCCCCAGUGCAUGGAGGUAUAGGGGAGGACGGCACGCUGCAGCACCUGUUGGAGCACCAAGGAAGGCAUUCACCACUCUCUCUUCCUCUCCUCUCAUUCCCAACAACCCCCCCCUUCCCUUUUCUCCCAAACCCGAACCCGAACCCUCCCCUCCCCUGCACGGAGGCAUAUUGGAGGAUGGCACGCUGCAACACUUGUUGGAGCAUGAGGGAGUGCCCUUCAUCCCCCCACUCUCCCUUUCCUUCUCCCUCUUCUCCCUUUCCCCAGUGCACGGAGUGCAUGGAGGUAUAGGCGAGGACGGCACGCUACAGCACUUGUUGGAGCAUGAGGGAGUGCCGUUCACUGGUUCCGGGUCUGGAGCGUCUCAGCUGUGUAUGGACAAGGUGGCAACCGGGCAGGCCAUUGCUCAUCUGACCUCGCAAGGGAUCUUCUCGGCUCGAAAGCUGCUCCUGUCCAUUGACCAACUGCUGCCCUGUGCUGCUCCUUCUUCCUCUUCUGCUGCUGCUUCUGCUGGGGCUGGUGAUGCUGCUGCUGGCGCUGAUUCUGUCGAUGCCACGUGGCAGCGUUUGAUUGGCGAACUCCAGGCAGACUCAUUCUGUGUGAAGCCCGCGACAGACGGGUGCUCUGCUGGCGUUGCCCGACUCGCCAACCCAUCCGACUUAGCAGCCUACGUUGCAGCAGUGAGGGAUGCGGCUCCCCGCCUGCUACCCGGACAACUCUCCACGUUGUGUGGGAUAGUGGAAAUGCCUGUUCGCCCCCCAACCCAUCUGCUCUUCGAACCCUUCAUCGAAACAGACCCCAUUCGACCGCUCCCGGCCCCACAGCAGCAGCAGCAGCAGGAAGAGGAGGGUUCGUGUGACAAUAACGAGGGGCUGGUGUGGGAAGGCAGGCGGCGGUGGGUGGAGGUGACUGUAGGGGUGGUGGGGCACAGGGGAAGGAUGAAGGCUCUGGCUCCGAGUGUGACUGUAAAGGAGGCUGGAGACGUGCUCACCCUUGAGGAGAAGUUUCAAGGUGAGUGUGACAAUAACGAGGGGCUGGUGUGGGAGGGGAGUUGGUGGGGCACCGGGGGCUCUGGCCCCGAGUGUGACUGUAAGGGAGGCUGGAGACGUGCUCACACUGGAGGAGAAGUUCCAAGUGCAAGUGCGCUGGAGGAGGGUCGGAGGCGCAUUGAGAUGGUAGCCAGUGCUCUCGACAUUGAUGGCUUCACUUUGUGCAAGUGCGCAGGAGGAGGGGCGGAGGCGCAUUGA